AUGUCCGAAGCAUCCCAAAAAGCUGGAGCUCGAGAUGCCACCCCUGCAUCUUCCCGAAAUAAACAAGCCUCAGAAACCGCCCCGGAAGACUCUUGGGAGGUCGAAUGGGAUGUUUAUUCGGACCCGGCAUCUUCCGAGGCUGAAGAAUCGGAACCUGGAAGUCCAACUGCCCUCUUUCGGCAUACCCAUGAAGGGCCGGGUGGGGGACGGCGGGUAAUUACCGCUGUGGUUUUGAUGGCCAUUGCUGCUCUUAGUAUGGUGGGUCAGACUGAGGCGACAGUUUAUGUUCAGAGGGAUUUGGGGUGGAAUAAGCCGUAUUUGAUCUUAUACCUGACACACGGCUUUUAUUUCAUCAUGUGGCCAGGCCUCUUAGCAUUUGAAAGAUUUCAGCAGUCGGGGAAACCUUGGAGUCGGUUCUUCGAGGACCAUUUUUUCGUGCUGCGUAGAACAGCACAGUAUGUCGAGCACCAAACCUUGGAUUUGACGUCCUCGCAAACAUCACAAUCACCUUUGCCGUAUAUGCUCAGGACGUGCUUCAUACAAUGUUGCGCUUUAAAUGUCGCCGCCGUAACAUGGUUCAUAGCUGCGAAUAUGACGACUCCGAGUGAUUUGACAGCAAUCAAUAAUACUUCUGCAAUCUUCGCAUAUGUUUUUAGCGUGUGGCUUCUGAAAGAAUCCAUGCGAAUGACCAAAAACAUCGCUGUCGUACUCGCUGUCGCUGGUGUUCUUGUUAUCUCGUACGGUAAUCCAACAGAAGGUGGGGCUGAUGAGGUCGUCAGUAACAAGAAACGACUCUUCGGAAAUAUUAUUACGGCUGCCGGAGCGGUGCUUUUUGGAUUAUAUCGAGUGUUAUAUAAACUCAAGGCGUGUCUACCAGCUGAAGCAACCGCAGAGAUGAAUAUAACAUUCUCGGUUGUGGUUGGGAGUAGCAUUGGCGUCUUUACCACACUGGUGUUUUGGCUGCCGCUUCCUAUAUUGCACUUUACAGGAUGGGAAGUAUUUGAAUUGCCUAGCAGUGCCGCGGCUUUUUGGACCGCGUUCGGGGCGGUGUCUAGUGUUUUAUUUACAUCCGCUUUCUUAUCUUUGACGGCGUUGACAAGCCCCGUUCUGUCGUCAGUUGCGGCAAUGCUAGGAAUAUUCCUUGUAGCAUUGUACGACGCAAUUUUUACGGGUCACGAUCUCACCAAGGCGACGAUAGGAGGGGGCUUUGCCAUUAUUAUUGCAUUUUUGUUACUCGGGUGGAGUACAUAUCAGGAGACAUAUGUUGAGAACAAGACACCAAACGAGCAUGAACUUACAAGGGUUCCGACGGAGGAAGUUUAA